CUCACCAUGAGAUGAUGACAGUAUGUUUUCUAUCAAAAAGUAUGAUUUAACCAAUGACAAUUUCAGUCAUAUGUUUGUGAACACACAUAAAGUCUGACAACAAGGUCAGCCUUCUGAGGCAUUAGCAACAACACAUAAACAAACUGUUAUGCAGACACUCUCAAUCCAAUACUAUUAUCAAAUUGUGUUGGUUUACCCAGCAUCCUUUCUACUCUCUCAGCAACAAGAUGGACCUGUUUGUGUGGGAUCAGAUUCAAGGUUCAGAGUUGCCAAAAAUGCAACAUUUUGUUUGAAGGGCAACAGUUUGUUUAAAGUUCUGGGAUAUCUAUCUGUAGCCGAAAACACAAUGGCACAACCUGGUAGCACAGUCAUGUCUACCAAGGAAGUUUCUUCAUCACUAACUUUUUAAGCAUAUUUCCUCAUUUCUUUCUUAUACUAACUCUACUUUUACAGCUGUGGAAAAGCUUGCGUCUUCACUGUGGCUGGGGAACUUCUGGGAUCCAUUAGUCAGAAUUGGCUGACAACAACACACUUGCAGUUGUUCUUGUGGUUUAAUAUGUCUAAUCAUCUCUGACAAAAUGUCUCAAUCCAAUGACACGCAGUAUUCGUUCAUCUGUGCCUGUAAUCAAUAAUUCAUCACCGACAGAACUCUUGUCAACCACUCAUGUGAGAGAAGAAGCAGCAGCGUGUUCCUUCUCAACAGAGUUGGAAGCAGCUGAAUAGAGUUUCCUCGCUGACCUGCUGCUCUGAAUGAAGCUGCUCUUCAGUCAAAUUAAGGCCAUCAGCCCGUCGCCCUUUAUUUUUCUCCACACAACACGACUGCAGGCGACGGCGGCCCUGGCAGGCAGACAAGACUCUCUGGCGCUUCCUAUUCCCAUCAAGACAUAGAGUACUUCAAAAGAGUACUUCAAACGCAUCUGUGCAUGUUGGUGAUAUUUAUGUCCAAAUCUAAACAACUCGACCAAACGUGUGGUAGAAACAAUAAAAGCAAUAUAGUGUUUGUGGAUAGUACUGCUGUUUGUUUAGGAAACAUGGGCUGUCAUUCAACCUGGGCCCUUUCUCCCUACGCUUUCCUCAGGCUUGUGUGGUUUUCCUCAAGGCACUCCGGAGCAAAGGGGUUAGUGCUGACUGAAGUUUUGCGUCUUCUAUGGAUGACACUGGAUUAUCUAUUUACUGCUAUGACAACCCAAUGACACGAGUCACUUAAUCCCAGUGUGCUAGGGUCACCAGCAGCCACAGGCAUCAUGUUUCAUCAGUGGUCUACCUGAGAGUUUGGUGUCUAAUCAGGACCAGCAGCAUGCAGGUGUCAAACAGAAUUGGCCGCAUACUUGACGUCAAAAGGUGGUAGCGUUGUUUGUUUUGUUUUAACAUCUUGCCAUCACUUAUUGGCUCCCACAAGUGACAGCUUUCUUGGCAUCUAUGACAAAUUAGCCUCAACAUUUGGUUGGUCAUCACGGUUCUACUAUUUGUUACAUACUUGCAUGUCAACUUGACUGUCUUCAGUGGACCGCUCAGUUGUGUCAGAAAUACAUCUGAGGAAUGGAGGGAAAUAAAGAUAAUAUACAGAAUUUAUAGCACUAUGAUGAUGAUGAUGAUGAUUAUUAUUAUUAUUAUUAUUAUUAUUACUGUGGUCCUCCACACUUAACAGUGAAACCUAAUGUACAGUGUGCAUCAAUAAACCAGGCAGUGAGUCGCACUGUCAUGUUUUAACCCCCCCUGCUGCAGAGAAUGGUCUGGCCCAAAGAGAGAGAGAGGCGAGAGUGACACACACACACACACACACGCACAUGCGGUAUAUUUUGGUGAGAGAGCUGAGAGGCGGACAGUGGCGAAGCUGCUGGACUGUUCCGACACACGCCAGCAUCAACAUCAUCACAGGUACUGAUCAGGCCACGAGCCCUGACGACGAACACACAGACAUGAAUCUUUCUCUCCCCGAGGAACUGACCACUCUGCAGUCAUGAUGAUGUCCAAGCAGCGGGCCCAGACAUCUCCAGGGAGUGUGUUGUCUCUAAGAGGGUCCAGCGUGCCAGGAUCUCCCGCCGCCGCCAUCGUGGCCAGAGUGGAAGAUGGGGUCAUCGGAUACAAGGACUUGGCAGCAUUACCAAGAGACAAAGCCAUUCUGGACAUUGAGAGACCUGACCUGAUGAUCUAUCAGCAGCACUACAGCUACAGUCCACUAGAGAGAUCUUUGUCUCCUCGUUCCAUCUCUCCUCCUCCCUCUCCAGAGAACCUCUCCAAGGAGGCCAGGGAAUGGCUGGAGAACCGUUCCCCGGGCGGCUCUUCCCCCAGCUCCACUCUCCCCACCAGUCGAACGCACAGCACUCCGACCCCUCCAACUCCUAACACCCCAAACACACCAACUACUCCACAGGCCCACCCUGCUGGUCCCAAGAGCGUCCUGCAGCACUUCCACAGACCAGAAAACGGCAGCAACAUCUAUAGGAAGCCACCAAUCUACAAACAAGAAGUGGCGUCUGCUCAAGUGCCGCAGGGAAAGCACAUCGAGGAUUUGAUCAUUGAAUCAUCAAAGUUCCCAGCAGCUCAGCCGCCGGACCCCAACCAGCCCUCCAAGAUAGAGACUGACUACUGGCCCUGCCCCCCUUCUUUGGCUGUCAUUGAGAAAGAGUGUAGGAAGAAGAGCACGGGUGAAGAGGAGGAUGAUGAGGAAGGCGAGGGCCAGGACGAAGUGUGGGGGCUGCGAGCGCUCCAGAAACAAGAGCUCAACAAGAUUCAGUCGAACUUGGGGAAGAUCAUCCUGAAGGACGAGCUGGAGAAACCUGGAGCUCCUCUGAGGAGGAAAACCCGCUCACUGCCCGACCGCAGCCAGCACACUGGUUCUGGUGGCUCCAGGUCUGUAUAUUUCCCAGCGUCCUCUAAGACUGGACUGUCCAGACUGCAGUCGACCGAGUUCAGCUCCACUGACAAAACCCCAGCAGGUGUUCAGAAUGGAGACACCAGGAUGGACCGAGGAAACUCUCUGCCAAGCAUGCUGGACCACAAGAUUUUCCCGUACGAGAUGCUGGUGGUGACUGGGGGUCGAAGUAAGCUGCCUCCUGGGGUGGACAGAACCAGACUGGAGCUCCAUCUGUCCCAGGAGGAAUUCUACAGUGUUUUUGGGAUGACCCUGGAGGAAUUUGACCAGCUCUCACUCUGGAAGAGGAACCAUCUGAAGAAGAAGUUCUGUCUCUUCUGAUUCAUCUCAAACUCUGCACUUCCAGGAUCCUGCGCCGGAUCUUGGAACUACCACAGCGAAUCAUGUUCACAGAGGAAGCUUCAGGUUUGAGUCGCUUGAUGAGAACAGACGCGAUGUUGCUCCACAAAUGUGCACAAAUGAGUUUGGGUCCGGACGCCUCAGCUACUGAGAGGGUGGACGGAACAGUCACCACACGUUUCAACACCACUGCCUGGUCAGUUUCAAUGAUUUUGUCUCGAUGUGAGCAGCAAAUAUCAAGCCCAUUCACCACACGUUUGCUUUCAUCCUUGUUGCCGCUGGCUGACUGUAGUCCGGUUUUUAUUCAUGAUUAUUUCACAAUGAAGUUAUGAAAAAUCCUUUCAUAGGACAAAGAAAAAGCUUGAUAUAUCCAUUUGUCACAGUGUCUUCUGGGUCAUCAUGCAAAUGAGUCUCAUUGAGUUAUACCUGCAACAGUUUGUAACAGUUGCAAAUUGUACGCCUCUGUUCAAUUUGGAUCCCUAAACACACUUUAGGAAUGUUAGGAAUUUAACCCCAAAAUCGAACUCGAUCCUUCUUGGUUGUGUGCAUGAUAACAUUUUGGUCGCAACUGGGACGAGCUAGUGACACUUUCGCUGCUCCGAAAAUAUCAUAUUAAGUUGUUAUUUUAGAAGUAUUUCUUUUAAACUAACAAAGGUGCAGGUGAAUAUUAAAAUAAUUUAUUUAUUCCGUAGCACGAGUCUAUAAUUAUCCCUAAAAUAAUGAAGCCAUGAAUAUAAAAGCAAUGUUUAUACACUAGUUUUGUAAUGUUUACCUCAACAAUUGGACUUAAAGUAGUACAUUUCAUUGAGUAAAUACAUCAUAUGGCAUUUCUAGGAGGUUUCUUAAGGUUUCUAUUCAUCAUCCGUUGUUUUUUAAGAAUGUGCAACACAUAAAAUUCAAAAAUAAAAUGGAAUGGAAAUAUGAUUACUGUUCCGCAUUAACAUAAAUGAAAUAAACAAAAUUACUCUUGUAGUACAUUCUAGAACCAAGUCCCUGGGCUUCCUGUGGCAGGGCUCAGAGUAUUACAUUGAAAUAUCUCCCUCCCUUUAACACCAAAUCAGUCUGAUGAUUCUGAUCGCACCGUCUUGCUGUUCACAACUCGCGUCACACAUGUUGUUUUAUACUGCCAGCCGUCACUUUGUUGAUCUUCUCUAUCUGAACCAGGCUGCUUCUCGGUCUGACCAGCUAUGAUGUCAUUCAAACUGGCCAUGUUCCCAAAGCCGGAACGAAGGAAACAAGAAACCAGUUUGGGCUCUUCUGUGCACGUUAGAAAUGGCUAUUGUGCAGCUAAAUAUAAUCACCGUGUUCAACUGCAGUGGUGUGGCUUCAAUUCCCAAUAAAGAUCUCACAGUUGGAGAGUGGAUCAAGCGGACGCUCCACCAAAAGGCGUGCCACCAUCUGUCCCAGCUCCCGUCUCUCUGUGCUCUCUAGCUCGUGUCCCGCUGGGGCGAAGGAUUUCUUGUGAAAAGGGAAGCGAUAGAGGAAUUAGACGUUAGGUUUCUCAUGUAAUCCAGAACUGUGACUACGGGAGACCCAAAAUAUAGGAUCUGCAAACAUGUAUUUUACCAUAAAUGUCUUGUAAUUGUUGCAAGACAUUGUUUAAAUUUGUGCGACAUGAAGCCCAGUCAAAGACAUUUUUGACUGACAUGGGCACUUAACAUACGUGUUGUUAAGUGCCUAUCAGUAGAUGAUUUUCACGGUGGUGUAAUGAUGCAGACGAGGGUGAAGGAGGAAAAUCUGUCAUGGCAAGUUGUAAGUUUGUGACUGAAGCAACAAUGAAUGACUUCAAUGCACAGGAAGUGUUUGGUUUGCAGAUGUUGACAAGCCCCAGUCAUCAACUCCAGCACUUCUGUUGGACAGUGUAGCUAGUUUGAUAAACGUCGAUGCAGUGAUGUAAGAAUAACCUUGAAUUUGAGGGGACUGGUUUCUUCCUUCCGUGGCUCCGACUCAGCAAACGUCACUGCCCUGUCCUCACACCCCAAUAUUCUCAGAUUUUUAAACAAAAAAAAGAGCACCUCACAAGCUGGUCUGGUUGGAGGCAGUCGCGGUGUUGCUUAGUGACCAAAUAAUGUGCAGCUAUUUUCUAAUCCCCCUGAUAAAAACGCAUGUUUUUACACUAUAUUCCUCUGUUCACUUGCAUAGAUCCGACCUCUCGAUCAGAGUGGGACAUUUCCCUUCUGAACGUCCCAUCACUAAUGGGUUUUUCAGAACCUUUAAGGAAAUGACCUUUCAUUUCAGCUCCCCACGCCGACAUAGCUGUUUUUGACAGUAUGUUCUGUUUAAAAUCUAAAGAUGUUUUGCUCCGGGAGGAUGACGGCAACAUUAUUCCAGGACUGGUUUUUACUUCCAAAACCACAAGGACUGAUGGGAAAUCACUGGUGACGUCUGGAAACUCCAGUCCAACUUUAUCUCACAGGACUGUCGUCAUAGUAACUCCAUAGACACUUGAGUAUAUCUGUGAUGUCUUGAGCACCUGUAGUGAUACAUGAAUUAUAUAAUCUCUAAAUAUCCACCAGCAUUGUAACAUCGGACUCAACGUGGAGCGAGUUUUUGAUAUAAGAAAACACCUUUAACUGACCAAAACCAGCAGAAACAAUGAAGGUGAAGGCCGUUUCCCUCUGCUUCUAUACAGACUGUAAAAUAUCCGAUCUGACAGAGAGACGUGAUUCCAGAGACAGUCUUUAUACAAACAGCAGUGAAGUGACUCCACAUCACCUUCCAAUCUUUGGCUCUGUAGUUAUGAACGCAUGAACUCACUGUCACCACCACCACAUGACGAUCAGAGGUGUUAAAAGUAAGAGGCGGAGCUGGAGCAUUUGUCACUUUACGUUUUUGCCCCUGAAUCUAUGAAUUUAUUUCCCAUUUUGAUUCAGAAUGCUGAGAAGUCGUGCUGUGUUCGGAUUGGUUGGGUGUAGGUUUAGACAGCAAGUGGUUUGCUGUGACUGACACCAUGACGACACAAAGAUUGUUCACCUUUUUUUUUCUUUUGUACUUUUUGAAGUGUUUCUCUUCGGAGUUCUUUUCACCGCGCAGGGUGACGUGGACGUCACGAGGCACUGUCUGAUGAUGUCACACUGGUGAUGUAAAAAAAAUACUCGAUAGUGACCAGAGAGGUUGACACCACCGUGCUGCUGUACAUAGUGAAACCAUGAGUGACAAUAUAUUUAUUGUUCUUGUUUCCAUAUCUGGAUGCAGGUGAUGUUACAGAUGAAUGGUGAUGUGAAUGAUAAAGAGUUACAAUAAAGAUCAUUUCUAUUUGCCCUGCUGA